ACAAACAACCCUGACAAAUAAUCAUCCUUUCGCUUCUAUCGCCGCUCAUUGAAUUUUCCAGUUGUACAAGCUGCACUUUUAUUAUUCUUCGAAGUGCAUAUUUUACUAAUCGCGAUCAAAUCUACCUGUCUGCGUCCCGCAUACAGUAUGACGGCAUCCGAUCUCGAGCAGCUCCUGGAGAUGGGCUUUGCGAAGGAACGAGCGGAACUUGCAGUUUCAAAAACUGGUGGCCUACAAGCCGCCCUUGAAUGGCUCGAAGCGAACCAAGACAAGUCACUCGACGAAAUAAAGUCAGCAACAGCAAAUACAAACGAAGACGAAGGAGCACCAGCUCUAAAUCCAGGAGAAGAAGCCCGGAGUUUAGUCUGCAAUGAGUGUGGCAAGAAAUUCAGGAGCCAAGCACAAGCCGAGUUCCAUGCAUCAAAAACAGAGCAUACCGAUUUCUCCGAGUCUACGGAAGAGGUUGCCCCGUUGACAGAAGAGGAAAGGAAGGCUAGACUUGCAGAGUUGCGGGAAAAACUAGCUGCGAAACGGGCCAUACAGUCAGAGCAGGAUAAGGCAGAUCAAAAGAGAAACGAGGAAAUCCGCCGGAAGCACACCAAGGAAUCUCAAGAUAUCAAAGAAGAAUUACAGAGGAAAGAACGCAUCAAGGAAGCUGCACAGAAGAAGAAAGAAAAGCAAGAGGAAAUAGAAGCUAAGGCACGAAUUAGAGCCAAAAUAGCCGCGGACAAGGAAGAACGGCGCCUGAAAGCUGAACGAGAAAAGGCCGAACGAGCAGGUCAAGCUCCUCCGCAACCCGCUGCGCCAUCCUUGCCAACUACAUCUGGUGCGGUAACUUCUAAGCCCGCAUCGGCUUACACUGAAACCCGUUUACGACUUCAGACGAACAAGGGUAAUAUCUUGAAGACGUUCCCAGUGGAGACAACAUUGUUUGAAGUGGUUGCAGCUCUCAGCAAGGACGAUGGAAUUGAAGUGCAAAACUUCACCCAGAAUUUUCCUCGAAAGACUUUUGAUAGGGAAUAUUUUGGAGAAUCACUAAAAGACUUGGGACUAACGCCUAGUGCUAGUCUCGUUGCCAAGUAAUGGAAUGAAACUGGCUUGAUAUUAGGAAAGGAGAUAGUUGAAUCAUGAAUGACAACCAAGAGCAAGCAAGGUUCUGAUUGUAG